AAGGCUUCGGACACCAUCUUCACAAUGGAGACAUAUGCUUACCCCGCAUUUCCACCAGAGUACAGCAAUAUCCACAUUGCGCUUUUCAAGAAUGUCACCAACGCGCCUCAGAUCAGAAAACGGCUCAUCGAAGCGUCCCAAAUGACCGGCCCAGAGGGCGACAAGGCAAGGGAAGAGGUUGACUUUGGGUUUGUAGAGGCUAACUUGUUGGUCUCGAAAGAACAUCUCUUAAUCGCUAUCCUCUCAACACUCCUCUAUGCCUUUCCUUCUACUGGUCCUGCUCCUACCGAUCCUCCUCCCCUCUCUGACAUCGCCGAUCCGGAUGUUUCUUCUCUUUCUCUUUCAUCUUCCUCCGAAACUCGACAACCCAAGACACGGUCACACAACCUCCACUCCGAACUGCUCCUCCUUCUCUCGCCAAACAAUAACAUUACUGACUCUAUUCGGCGACACGGUGUAUCUGACAUUACUACCAACCUGGCUGUGGUAAAGUUUGGGAAACGAGGAGAUAGGGUGGAGGAAGUGUAUGAGGCGAUGAAGAAUGUUGUAGAGGGGGAGUUGAUCGGGUGGGAAGGAAUUAGUGAGGGGACUGAUUGGGCGAGGGUGGAUAAGAUAUACAAACUCAAUGAGCUGAAUGCUCUCAAGACGGCGGAUAUGGUCGAAAAGAAACGGACAGCAGUUAUCAGCACCGUUGCCAUCAAGAACGUCAUAUAGAUUAUUUGUAUUACAACAUCAAUCAUUACAAGAUAUACCCUGCAUAUUAUACCCCGUAGAUCUUUAAUAGACAUGCUAUACCAUCAUCUGAAAUGGGCUAAUCGAAGAGGUUUAAAGCAGAAUAUAUCGUUUCGUAGGUUUCGCAGGAACAAUUUUCACUAAUCUUAGCUGAACAGACCAGAAAGAAGUCUUCGUAUGCACCAGUCUUCAC